AUGAGGUCACACUCAGACAGCACACACUGUGGCUACAUUCUCCCCCCGCUGGUGGUCAGUGCCAGUGACACGAUAUCUGUCAGCUUCCAGUCAGACAGUCGCCUCACAGACCGAGGAUUCUCUGCCAGGUGGGAAGCUGUGUAUCCUGAGGAUAUUGCAGAAAUCCAGGGCUGUGGCAUUUCCUCCAAAGAGGAAACAGGAGUUAUUAAGUCCCAGAACUGGCCCAUGAACUACAGAGCUAACAGCGAGUGCAUGUGGAACAUCGCUGUGCCUUUGGGGAAAAAAAUCACGCUGAAGUUCACCCACUUUGACCUAGAAGCCAAAGAUUUCCUGACGUCCAAAUGCUAUGAUAACAUAAUAGUGUAUGACAUCAAUGGUUUGACUAAUGCACUGCUUCAAAAGCACGGUCCAUUUUGUGGGACUAAGCUGCCUCCUACCAUCAAGACAAGCAACAGACUGGUGAUCCGUUUCCAUUCAGACCUGUUUACUGAGGCUAAAGGCUUCCGGGCCUACUGGACAACAGACCCCAGUUUGCCUGCUCCCACUGAGCCGCCUGCUCCACCCAACCCCUGGGAUAACAUCACCAUAGACUGGCCCAAUGACUGUGGGAAACCAGCCAUCCAUCCUGUUGUUGUGUCACGCAUUGUGAACGGAGAGGAGGAGCCACACUCCUGGCCCUGGCAGGUGUCCAUGCAGGUCUGGCCAGCCAGUCGUCCAGAGCCCACAUUCUUCCACACCUGUGGUGGUACUCUAAUUCACAAGAACUGGGUACUUACAGCAGCCCACUGCUUCAUAAACUAUGCUGAUGAGCUGCAGCGCUGGCGCAUGUGCCUCGGCAAACACAACCUGACUUACACAGAGCCGAGUGAGCACUGCUUCAAUGUGACUGGUAUCUAUCGCCAUGAGGGCUUCAAGUAUCCCACAGUGCCCACAGUGGAGUUUGACAUUGCUCUGGUCAGGUUGGACGGGGAGGUGAUACCCAGUGAUGAGAUCUCAUACGCCUGCCUUCCCUCUGAGGAGGAAGUCCUGCCUGGGGGAAAGAAGUGCUACGCCACCGGCUGGGGAGACGAGACCGGUGAUUCACUAAAUGCUAAAGUUGCAGAGAAGCUAAACCAGGUCGCCCUGCCUGUUGUGCCGCAUGACACCUGCAAGAGGAUGGAUUACUGGUGGUUUCAGGUCAAGACCUCCAUGAUCUGCUGUGGUUACACCCUGCCUGAUGAGCUCAAGUCCGUCUGUCAGGGAGAUUCAGGUGGUCCGCUGGUGUGCCAGGACACCCCCACUGGUCCUUGGGAAGUUCAUGGUAUAACCAGCUUCGGCCCUAUUGGAUGUAUUAUGAAUAAGAAGCCCUCUGUGUUCACCCGCUCCUCUGCCUACAUCCCCUGGAUCCAAAAUGUCAUCCGCAGAGACAUGUACAACAAGCACACAUCUGGCUGUGGUGGGCCAAAGGACAUGACUGGUUCAGCAGGCAUCCUGUCCUCCAUGGGUUACCCUGGCAGCUACAACAACAAAGCUCGCUGCCAGUGGAACAUCCGGGUGCCCCCUGGCAAACUGGUCCACCUCCAUUUCCACAGUUUCUCCCUGGAGGAGAGUCAGAUGUGCUUAAAUGACAAAGUCAGCCUCAGAGACAGAGCAGGAAGUUUAGGCACACACUGCAGCCAUGUUCCCCCUAAAGACCUGGUGAGUGACGGAGACACGCUUCACAUCAGCUUCUCCUCCAAUGACAAGGUGGUGGACACGGGCUUCACUGCCUCCUGGAUGGCAGUGGACCCUUCAGAGGUUCCUUGUGGAGGGAGCUUCAGCAGGAAUCAGGGUGAAAUCAUCUCUCCUAACUGGCCCAGUGAUUACCAAGCCCAGUCUGUGUGCACGUGGCGUAUCACCAUUCCCUCAGCAAAAAGUGUCCAUGUGGCCUUCACUCACUUUGAGCUGCAAGCUGAAAACGUGUUGGGAAGAUGUGUCGACUAUGUGGAGAUCUUUAAUGGAGAAAGCAUGACAUCACUAGGUAAAUUCUGCGGCUUCACCCUUCCAUCCAAGAUGACCAUCCACAGCAGCACAGUUGUCAUUCGCUUCCUUAGUAACGGAGCUGAUCAACAGAAAGGUUUCCGUGGUUACUGA